AUGUUGGAUGCCCUCAAUUGUUUUGUCUAUGCUAAGAAGCUCUUUUGGCCACUAGAGGCAUCUAUCAUUCUCUAUGGUCCCUUCCUGUUUUGUUCCGUUUGCUCUGUUUACUACCGUUUGGUUCUUAAACUAAGUCAUUUAAAGCUACUGUAUCCAACAGAGCUGGGUCUUCUCCAGGGCUCACCUGCAGAACUGGUCACAGACUAUGAGAAGAAUGAAGACUUCCUGUGUAAAAUACACAGGGUUUUGCUGGAGGUGAAGGUGCUGGAGGGCUGUCUGCAGUGCCCAGAGUCUGGCUGUGAGUUCCCCAACAUGCUGCUGAAUGAGGAUGAGGCAUAGAGGAGAGUGGUUGGGGGGGUUGGUUACCCCCAACAUGCUGCUGAAUGAGGAUGAGGCAUAGAGGAGAGUGGUUGGGGGGGUUGGUUACCCCCAACAUGGGCUCUUAGAUGUACACCACGUAUCCACACGGUAACCCCCCCAUUUGCCCAUCUCCACCAUCUCACACCAACCAUUCAUUGUAUGGGACUGCUGGCAUUAGAAGUGAGGGGGAAAAAAUGGAAUCCUGUUAAAGACUGUAUAGGAAGAAAUAUAUGUUGAAGUGGUUAUAUAGUACAGUACAUGUGGCAAUGGGAUGUGAAUACACCGCUGCCCCCAGAAAACCACAGAACGGAUCUGAAUGCUUCUAUGUUGUCCAAUAUCUGGGAGAUGAUUUUGUUUAAUUUAUUAAUUUAAUACAAAGUAUAAUUCCUUGGUUUCCUUGACACCCUAAAAUACUUUCCCUUGUAAUUAAGUUACACAGACAAAUAAAUCCAGGUUCAGACCUCCAAUACAGUUAAACAUGCAUACCGGUAGUAUAUCCACUCAUGAAUGAAAGGUAAUGUCAAAUUGUGAUAAAUCACCAAACCAUGUCCUUGAGUUUGUUGUCGCAGGUCAGGAGAACUACUGAGAGCUACAGUGCCUUGCGAAAGUAUUCGGCCCCCUUGAACUUUGCGACC